AUGGGAGCCUCGCCCGGACUGGUCGUCUUCUUGGUAAUCGUUCGGCAUUCUUUCAGUGCAUUCCCAACCAGAACUACGGAUGCCGCCGAAGCAAUGACGACACUUUCCCUUCGCGAACUGCUUGCAACAUAUCAACGGCUGUACGAACGCCAAUUUCAUGAACCACUUCCCGAUAGUCAGAAGUUACUGCUGAGCUCCUUACCGAAAUUCGAGAAGCCCUCCAUUGUCGGUCGUAUUUCACCUGCCUCAUCAGUCGAUGAGCCGCGGUCAUUCCGUCAGGAUGAAGAUUCGCAGAAGGAGCACGCGGAGCCGGCAGCCGUAAAGAACAACUCGACAAAGGAGCCAAAAGUAGGCUCACCCAGCACUACCGCGACCUCUGCCGUCAAAAUAAUCGAUAGGAUGGAUUCCUCCGUGUCGGUAGUGGUCACGUCAACGUCUGAUCCUCAGGUGGAUGUCUCUACAAACCUUAGUCCAGCUACCACUGAGCCUCAGCAUUCGUCCGAGACGAGCCAUUCACCUGAGUCAAAGCAAGAUCAAGCUGCUCCUAACAAAAUGCAAAGCCUUCAAAAGAGCUUGGAUGCGGCUGACAAGACACCAGAGAAGGAACAGCCUAACAAAGUUGCUCCUUCGGAUGAAUUAGGGAUGAAUAUAGCGAAGAAGGUUGAGAUGACACCGUUGGAAACGGUCAAAAUCAUGCCUAGCAGUGAAGGAGAACUGUCCAAAAACAAAUCAACUCCAUCUUCACUAAAACCAGAUGUUCCAUCAUCUAAGAAGACACCCAAGCAGGCAAUUCCACCUCCAUCAGAGCCUAAUGUCCCCCUGAGCGGAGAGGUGCCUAAACAAGCAAUUUCACCUCCACCAACAACCGGUGCUCUAUUGACCAGAGACGGAUCCCAGCAUGGAGCUGCACCUUCAGCAGUUCCACAUUCACCAUUGACCGGAAUGGCACCGCUAAUUCUUUCCGUAACUGAAGGUCCCAUCCAAACUCCAAGGCUAUUAUCCGUUCCUGCUGUUUCAGUGGAAACUGAACAGCUGCCCAAAUUGCAAUCACCAAAUGCAGCGCCAGCAGUAGGACCACCACCAAGACCACCUCCCGAAUCGUUUUCCCAGGGGGCACAGAUGCAGGCCGACGGCCCAAAUUCGGCAUCGAAAAAUCCUGUUAGAGCUGGCAUGUUGGCAACAAAAACCAUCAAUAUGCCCACUGCAAGGACUGAUCCUGAUAGUACAAGAAGAUUCGUCUCAACACAGCCCGCAACGAGACCAGCCGCAAGGUUGCAGUCAAGACCCCAGCAAGUGAUGAACCACGUAGUCGUACCUCGAACUCCAACUUCCGGCCUACCACAACAGAAUAGAAGGGGUAACGGCCAGUUUAGAACUAGACAACCGCAGAGACGUCAGCCGAUGGCGGCACGAACACCGUUGCCAAUUCGGCCGGCUCCAGAAGGAAACCUACCACCGCCACCUCCGCCACCACCAUCUAGGAACGCUCAGCAACCGAUCAAUCUCAUUGUCAUUCAGGACGGACGAGUAAUUGAUCUGUCACCUCAACAACAACGAGAUCUCAGCCUUGUA